AUGAAUUCUCAGGAUGCACUUUUAGACGACAUUCAUACUGACCUUCUUGGACGCAACGAUUCGCCUGCUUCACUUGCUUCAUCUGGUGCAGCUUGUAACUUCGAUGGUGUCUAUACAAAAAGGAUUCUUUUGACAGGAGGAGCAGGGUUUAUAGGCUCUGCUCUUGUCAGGAAACUGGUCCUUAACUACCCGGAGUACUUUGUUCUUGUACUCGACAAGUUGGAUUAUUGUAGUUCUCUCAACAAUCUUUAUCCUUUCCUUCCCCCUGGAUCCCAUCCAAGGCACCCAUCUUCCAGUACAAUAGAUGAGCUAUUGAACGUCAAGACUACAUUAUCAACAGCAUCAGCUCAAGGAGCCAUAAAAAUGACAGAGAAUAGUGGUCGUACAAGCUUGAAACCAUAUCCAAACUUCAAAUUUAUCCAUGGGGACAUAACCGAUCUGGACACAGUACAGAAUGCUAUGAUGGAGUAUCAAAUUGAUACAGUCAUUCAUAUGGCCGCACAGACACAUGUAGACAAGUCGUUUGGAGAGUCUAUCGAUUUCACUACGAAUAACGUCUUGGGGACCCAUGUUAUGCUCGAGGCUACUCGCAAAGUGUUUUGUCCUCCUGUUCGUGGAGGCGAUGGAAAAUCAAUUAAUACUGUCAAGUCAAUAGAUAGCAUGAAGCGAUUUAUUUUUGUAUCCACGGAUGAAGUCUACGGAGCCGUUCCGUUUGGUCUGCCCGAUGCUAAAGAAGACGCUCCAUUGGCGCCUUCCAACCCAUAUUCUGCGACCAAAGCAGCAGCAGAAUGUAUGGUUCAGGCGUAUCACAAAUCAUUUCGUAUUCCUGUGAUCAUUACCCGAAGCAAUAAUAUUUAUGGACCUUUUCAGUAUCCAGAAAAGAUAUUUCCAAAGUUCAUCAUGAGUCUCGUUGAUGGCAACAACAUCAAUAAUGGCCUUAGUCAUAGCUACAUUAGCGGCGCCAAUAAUAUCAGCAAUGGUAGUAGUGGUUCUCAUGAUCACGAUAACAAAAGCAACAGCAACGGCAAGCGAUAUAGCCAUAGUGGUGGAGGAUACUGUUAUAUCCAUGGGUCUGGACGGCACUCUAGGACAUAUUUAUAUGUGACCGAUGUGGCCAAUGCAUUGGACGUGAUCUUGCACCGUGGUGAGAUUGGGCAAGUGUACAACAUUGGAGGUGGACAUGAAACCUGCAAUCUGGAGCUCGCUCAGGAUUUGAUCCAUCGCUUGAUAAUCCGGACUCCCGAUCGCUCGAAGGACAGCAUCAUUUCAGGUAGCAACAACGAUAUUCUGAACCAAUCGCAAUUACCUGAAAUUGGAGAAGGAUUAGUGGGAGUUGAAGGGCGUAGUCGGGACUAUUCAGGCCCUAGACAAGACGAAGUUGUUCAGCAUUUGAAGGAAUGCAAAGAGUGCUCUGAUAGGAUUGUUUUUGUUGAAGAUCGUGUUUUUAAUGAUGUUCGGUACGCUGUUGAUGUCAGCAAGCUUAUCAGUCUAGGAUGGUCUCCUAAAGUACCAUUCGAAAUUGGGAUUAGAAAAACAAUUGCAUGGUUUAAGGAGCAUGGUCGUACGUGGUGGGGAGAUAUUCAUCGAGCUCUUUAUCCUCAUUCUGUCAAGCUCUCCGCUGAAGAAUCAACAACAACAUCAGCUAUGCCAUCACCUUUACUAACCUCUAAACAUCUUUUGGAUUCUCAAAUUGAUCAAGAAGCUUCUGGCUAA